GGAGAGAGAGAGAGAGAGAGAGAGAGAGAGGGAGAGAGAGAGAGAGGGAGAGGAGCUGACAAAGCGCUGAGUGAAGAGUCGGCCAUGUGGCAGAACGACUGAGAACAGAGGAGGAGAGAGAGGAGAACCGGCCGUCCGAACUCACCUGGACACACAGAUGGCGUUGAUGUUCUGGCGCAGGAAGAAGCGGCGGCCUGAGAUCUCGGCGCCGCGGGACUUUGAGCACCGCGUGCACACGGCGUUCGACGCGGCCAGCGGGCGCUACGUGGGCCUGCCGCCGCAGUGGCAGAGCCUCAUCGACUCCCUGAGGAGGCCCCGCCCACUGGUGGACCCGUCCCGGGUCACCGAGGUCGAGCUCGGACCCAAGAAGAUGAUCGUGCGCGGCAGCUUCAUCGGUCAUGGCGACUACAUCUCCCACGUCAUCGCCGAGAUGAGCCGCCUGUCCGUCACCGGCUCCAACUCCCUGCGCCGCAGCAGCCCGUCGGCACGGAAACGGGCCAAGUCUCUGGGUCGGUUGGGCGAGCUGGCGGAGGGCGACGCCUACCAGUACGAGGAGCUGAACCGGCAGGACGAGCGGAGGAACGGCGGCGCCCCCUACUGGCAGGACCGCGUACGGCAGGUCCGCAGCGAGAGCGGCAGCCCCAAACUGGCGGGGAAGCAGCCGCCGUCCGUUAACGGGGCGCUGCUGCGAGCCAAGUCUUCAUAUGAGAUGAGAAGCCCUGCUGCGGCCACGCCCACUGUGACCACGCCCACCGCACCUGCAGUGAGGCUGCUCCAGAGGACGAGCAGCACGGCGGCACAUUACGGCCACAGUGAGAGGGCGGGCCCGGCGGGCGGCGUGGGGCCGAGGGAGCUGCUGUCCAGACAGAGGCCCACUUCCUGUCACUACAACCUACAGACGCUGGAGACCAACGCCAGGGCCAGCCUGAGGCCCCGGCCGGCCAAUCAGCUGCCAGACCUGCUGUCCUCCUCCAGGGAAACUCCCAGAAGGCCACACUCCUCCUACGACCUCAAGCUGGGCUCGCCGGCCUGCCCCGCGUUGCCCCCUCCCUGCGGUGCCAGCAGCCCGUUGGCGGGUCGGGGUGUAACGUCGCGGCCGCUGCGCCUGUCCUCCAGCUACACUGUUGGACUUUCUCCUAUAAUCCAGCAGAAGCCCCUGAAGCAGGACGGCCCCUUGCAGCCGCGGCCGUCACCAACAGGCUCGCCAGACCGCCCCCCGACCCGGCCCCACUCCUCCUCCCGGCCCGCCCAGCCGUCCAAACCCCAGGCGGGACCCGACGCCGAGCCGCCCAAGGUGACGCACGAGCAGUUCAAGGCGGCGCUGCAGAUGGUGGUGGACAAGGGCGACCCGAGGACCACGCUGGAGAACUUUGUGAAGAUCGGCGAGGGCUCGACGGGCGUCGUGUGCAUCGCCCGCGAGCGCCACAGCGGGCGGCGGGUCGCCGUCAAGAUGAUGGACCUGCGGAAACAGCAGCGACGAGAGCUGCUGUUCAACGAGGUGGUGAUCAUGAGGGACUACCGGCACCGGAACGUGGUGGAGAUGUUCCGCAGCGCGCUGGUGGAGGAGGAACUCUGGGUAAUCAUGGAGUACCUGCAGGGCGGCGCUCUCACCAACAUCGUCAGUGAGACCAGGCUGAACGAGGAGCAGGUAGCGACGGUGUGUGAGGGCGUCCUGCAGGCCCUGUCCUACCUGCACUCGCAGGGCGUCAUCCACCGAGACAUCAAGAGCGACUCCAUCCUGCUGACGCUGGACGGCAGGAUCAAGCUGUCAGACUUUGGUUUCUGCGCUCAGAUCAGUAAAGACGUUCCCAGGAGGAAGUCUCUGGUCGGGACGCCGUACUGGAUGGCUCCUGAGGUCGUGGCCAAGACGCCGUACGGCACCGAGGUGGACGUCUGGUCUCUGGGCAUCAUGGUGGUGGAGAUGGUGGACGGGGAGCCGCCCUACUUCAGCGACACGCCCGUCGCCGCCAUGAAGAAGCUGAGAGACGACCCGGCUCCGACCGCCAAGAACAUCCAGAAGGUGUCUCCGGUGCUGAAGGACUUCCUGGGCUCCAUGUUGACCCGGGACGUGCAGCAGCGCUCCAGCGCCGCUGCCCUGCUGCAGCACCCCUUCCUGCUGCAGGCCGGCCCGCCGCAGUGCCUGGUGCCGCUGGUGGAGCAGUACCGCAAGAGGAUGUCACGCUGCUGACCCGAGACCGCCGGCCCGACGGACCGCCGGCCCCUGCGACCCGGAGCCGGCCCAAACCCGUCCCAAAC